CGCCUAGCGACGGCGGCCGGGUCCCGUCCGGGCUCGCGGUUCGCGGGCUGGCGGGCCGGGGUCCGCGGCGGCGGCCGAUGGGCCGGCCGGGCCCAGGAUGCGCGCGCUGUUCCGGGACGCCGCCUUUCCGGCCGCGGACGCGGCGCUGCUGUCCGGGCUGGACACGCCGCUCGGCCGGCUGCGCGGGGAGGUCAGCUGGCUGCGGCCGCAGGAGAUCUGCCCCGCGCCGCGGCUGUUCGCGGACGGCCCGCAGGAGGACCGGGUGCGGCAGGGGCUGCUGGGCGACUGCUGGUUCCUGUGCGCCUGCGCCGCCCUGAGCCGCAGCCCCCAGCUCCUGCACCAGGUGUUUCCUGCAGACCAGCCAGGCUGGCUGGACCCCGGGUACCAGGGCUCCUUCACCUGCCGCGUGUGGCAGUUCGGACACUGGGUGGAGGUGACGGUGGACGACCGCCUGCCCUGCCUCCAGGGGCGACUCUGCUUCUCGCGCUGCGGGCGGGAGGACGUGUUCUGGCUGCCCCUGCUGGAGAAGGCCUACGCCAAGGUCUGCGGCUCCUACGAGCGCCUGUGGGCAGGGCAGGUGGCGGACGCCCUGGUGGACCUGACGGGCGGCCUGGCCGAGCGCUGGAGCCUGAAGGACGCGGCGGCCGGUGACCCCGGGCCCAGCACCUGCCGUCGGCUUCUGGGCCUCGGGGACCGCUGUCUGGUCAGCUGCUCCGUGCUCAGCCCCCGGGCAGGUGCCCGGGAGCUGGGGGAGUUCCACGCCUUCAUCGUCUCAGACCUGAGGGAGGCCAGGGGCCAGGAUGGCCAGGACCCACUGCUGCUCAGAAUCCAGAACCCCUGGGCCCGGCGCUGCUGGCGGGGCCGCUGGACGGAGGGGGGCGAGGGCUGGGCCCGGGUGGCCCCCGAGGUAGCGUCUGAGCUGCAGGCCCAGCUGCGGGAGGGCGAGUUCUGGGUGGACGAGGAGGAGUUCCUGCGGGAGUUUGACGAGGUCACUGUCGCCUACCCGCUGUCCACGGCCGGCCACCUGCAGAGCCUCUACACGGGUCAGGAGCUCCCCCACACCCAGCAGCUGCCCGGGGCCUGGGUCAAGGGUCAGUCUGCGGGCGGCUGUCGCAACAACCCCGGCUUCCCCAGCAACCCCAAGUUCUGGCUGCGGGUGUGGGGGCCCAGCGAGGUGCUCCUGGCCCUGCUGCAGCGACCCGGCCCCCCCGGCAAGGACCAUCGGGCCCUGGGCCUGCACAUCUGGAAGGUGGACAAGCGCCGGGUCAGCCUGCCCAGGCUGCUUUCAGGGCCCCCUGUUGCCGGCACGGCCUGCCACGCCUAUGACCGCGAGGUGCAUCUGCACUGCCAGCUGACCGCCGGCUACUACCUGGUCGUACCCAGCACCUUCCUGAAGGACGUGGCCGGCCGCUUCCUGCUGCGCGUCUUCUCCAGCGGCCGGGUCUCCCUCAGCGCGGUCAAGUCCGCCCAGGGCUCUGGGUGCGAGCAGGCCCUGCCCGCAGGCGAGUGGGAGACGGUGCAGCUGCAAGGUGCCUGGAGGAGCGGCCAGACUGCGGGGGGCAGCCGGAACUUUGCCUCCUACGCCCGCAACCCCCAGUUCCCCUUCGCAGUGCCUGGGGUUGCUGGUGGCCCACGCUGGGUGCGAGUCACCCUGCGCCAGCACUGCCAGGAGGGGCCCUGCCACCCCAUUGGCUUCCACAUCUUCCGGGUCCCGGCAGAGGGCGGGGGUCCAGGCACACCCCCACUCCGUCAGAGAGAGCCGGUGCUGAGCUGCGUGCCCCACUGCUACGCCCAGGAGGUGAGCCGGCUGGCCGCCCUGCCAGCGGGCUCCUACACCGUGGUGCCCUCCACCUACCUGCCUGACGCCGAGGGCACCUUCACGCUGACCGUGGCCACCAGGAUCGACAGGCGCUCCAUUCACAGCCGUGAGCUGCUGGGCCAAGCCCUCCAGGAGGCCUCCUUCUUGGCCGUGAGGAAGGUCUGAGCGGACGCCCACCCGGUGCCCACCCGGUGCUGCCGUCUUGAUGCUCGGUGCUCCUGUCCCCACCCCUGGGGCCGCCUGCUGGACAACUGGAAGGACCCCCCCCCAGCCAUGGGGUGCAGCCCUACCUCCCCACCCCCGGACUCCAGGGGAGCAGGGAGGGGCAGGUCACUCAGGGAUGUGUGUGUGUGUCCUUCACCCCAAAUAAACAUGCUGCCUCCUGAGUCCUGA